AUGGCAUCCAAAGAUGACUCCAUUAUCAGUCUAGAGAUCAGGGCUGUCGGCACUGAGGAGGAGGUGGCUCCAGGAGUCAGGUCUCUGGGUCUCUGGUUCUUCGCUGUCUCCCAGCCCGUGGAGAUGACCCAGGCAGCCAGGGCGCAGUGUCCCUGGCGUUUGUACCUCUCAGGGAUGCUGCUGCAGCUGCUGCUGGCUUUGUACUUCUUCUCCAUCCGAAAAUCCCAUGACCACCCUGGCCCUUCACCUCUUCAUAGCUCCCCAGGCCCAGCCUCCACCCCUGCUCCCCCAGGCCCCCAACCUCUUCUCAUCUUACUGUGGACAUGGCCCUUCCACCAGCCAGUGGCUCUGUCCCCCUGUUCCCAGCUCCUCCCAGGCACGGCCGAUUGUCAUCUGACGGCCAACCAGAGUGUAUACCCUCAGGCAGAUGCGGUCAUCGUCCACCAUCACGAGGUCAGCACCAACCCCAGCUCUCAGCUGCCACCUCAGCCGAGGCCACCGGGCCAGCGCUGGGUAUGGUUUAAUAUGGAGUCGCCCAGCCACUGCAGCGGCCUGCCAGGCCUGGACGGUUACUUCAACCUCACCAUGUCCUAUCGCAGCGACUCUGACAUCUUCAUGCCCUACGGCUGGCUGGAGCCGUGGCCAGAGCCUCCGGUCCAAACUCAGGUCAACCUCUCUGCCAAGACUGACCUGGUGGCCUGGGUCGUGUCCAACUGGAAUCCCAGGUCAGCCCGGGUGCUGUACUACCAGAAGCUCCGGGGCCACCUCCGUGUGGACGUGUAUGGCCGAGGGCAUAUGCAGCUUUCCCAAAGGAACAUGACGGAGACGCUGGCCAGAUACAAGUUCUAUCUGGCGUUUGAGAACUCCCUCCACCAGGAUUACAUCACAGAGAAGCUAUGGAGGAAUGCCCUGGAAGCCUGGGCAGUGCCCGUGGUCCUGGGGCCCAGCAGGAAGAACUACGAACGCUUCCUGCCCCCCGACGCCUUCAUCCACGUGGAUGACUUCAAGAGUCCGGGGGACCUGGCCCAGCACCUGCGGAAGCUGGACAGGGAUAGCCUGGGCUACCAGCGCUACUUCCGCUGGAGGAAGCUGCUCAGGCCGUGCUCCUGGAGCAUGGCGCUGGCAUUCUGCAAGGCAUGCAGGGAGCUGCAGUGGAACCAGAGGUACCAGAUGGCGCCGAGCUUGGCCUCUUGGUUCCAGUGA